GAUGUUACAACCUGUGUUCCCGCACAUGUCACUGUCGAGAUGGGGAAGAUGAUUGUAACUCGGUGACUGGUUCUUGUAGCUCAGGUAGAUGUCAUCCACGAUGGACAGGGGAAAGCUGCCAAAUAGGUCGCUUUCAAUCUGCACGUGAGAAGACAAACCCUGGUAUUGCCAUGUUUUCCUGUGCAAUCUCGUUCGAUUCACCAACUAACGUUGAACCUGACUUUGUGAAAGCUACCACAGGGGAUUUCUCAAGGGACAACUGGGAAACGGCCAAAGAUCCUCCACAAAACAUCUCUUCAACAAUACUCAAUUUCACGUUCAACAUCCAAGAUUUUCCGGAUGACAGUUCUAUUUAUUGUUUCAUCGGGGACCCUUUCAAUAAUUCGUCCGAGUUCGGCUAUGUGAAGUUGGCAUCUGCUGCUCUUUAUGAGCUGCCAAUCUUAACUUUACUACCUACGUUAGUUGCAUCCAGUCAUUACUGGGUCGUCAUCUCUUGGAGACCCUGGAACCGUUCCAUCGAUGCAGGUGAUGGUCCCAUUACUGGCUACAUAGUCUACGUUCAUACUAAAGAUGGGAACGAGACACACAGCGCUACCUUGCUAUCAGAUGGAUCUUUGAAUACUGGGUCUUCAAGAGGUAGGAGGGAAGUGACUAGUGAAGGAUUAGACUUGUUGGAGUACAACAUCACUGGUCUCGAAGAAGGGACAAACUACGAGAUUCAAAUCGCGGUGAUUCGGGAAGGUCCGAAAGGAGAAGGAGAUCGAGGAGCCCCUUUCAGUGUGAAGACCCAGGAGUUAUUGACCAUAGCGGCCAUAGAUCAUAUCGCUGGCGGCGCCGCUGGAGGAUUGUUAAUCAUUUUGUGUCUUAUUGUUAUCAUCGUCCUGUUGUUACGGAGAAAAAGAAACCGACGUGACAGCGUUGGUAAACGCUCACCUCCUCUACAGCCUGCACAUAACGACUAUACACCCCAUGAAGAACUGGAGACAGAUGAAGAACUGGGACGAUCUGGCCCAUCGCCGUCGAUCUCCUCACGACCCCCAGGGAGACCCGCUGUUUCUCCGAAACGUUGGACACAUGCAGCAGCAUCAUCAGAGGCGAUGGAUCGCGAGGAUGCCGGGGUACCAUCCGUCAGUUCUACAGAGAGUGGUCCAAAGGAGCUUAACUCGAUACCAUUGACUGACUUCCCUGCUUCCGUUCAGAAGAAAAGUUCACGAACCCUAGAGAGACCCCCUAUUACUCCCAAACGCUUGACACUUGCAACAGUAUCACCACAGGCGAUGGAUCGCGAGGAUGCCGGGGUACUAUCCGUUAGUUCUCCAGAGAGUGGUCCUAUGGAGCGCCAGCCGAUACCAUUGUCUGACUUCCCUGCUUUCGUUCAGAAGAACAGGCAUUCCACUUUCUUUCAAGAGGAAUUCAAUGACUUGCCGGAAGCAAAUAUCUAUCCGCAAACCGUUGCCAAGAAACAAAUAAACUUUGAGAAGAACAGAUACAAGAACAUCCUGCCAUAUGACUCAUCGAGGGUACAACUGGCGAUACUCAAUGAUGACCCAGAUUCGGAUUACUUCAACGCAUCUUUCAUUCCUAGCUUCCAACAUCCUCGGAGGUACAUUGCAUCACAAGGACCGAACAAGGCCUCUAUGGAUGAUUUCUGGAGGAUGAUCUGGCAGGAGAAUGUGGCGACUAUUGCCAUGGUUACAAACCUUAGCGAAGGAAACAAGAUCAAGUGUCGUCAGUACUGGCCGGAAACGAGCGCAACUCCUCUUCUGUUCGGUGACAUUACCGUGGAGUUGGAAUCUGUGGAGAAGUGCAGUGGCGGAUCAAAGCGAUCAUUUGUCCUGCGAAAGGGCAAAGCAAAGACUCAGAGAUUUCUCAAUCAGUUCCACUACACCAAAUGGCCUGAUCGAGAUGUUCCAAGGAACAUGUCCUCUCUGCUUGACUUCAUCUCUGAGGUGAGGAAGGAUCAUGAACAGAACAACUCUCCAUUGCUCAUUCACUGCAGCGCUGGUGUUGGGAGAACAGGUGUGUUGAUAACCAUUGACAGUGUAGUCAGUGAAGCCAAGAGAAACAAGCUAGUGGAUAUCUUCGGUUUCGUGUCGAAGAUCAGGCAGAGUCGACCCAACAUGGUGCAGACAAAGGAGCAGUACAAGUUUGUUUACGAGGCUGUUCUUGAAUACUUACUGUCGGAGAAUACGGCUAUCCCGGUCAACUAUUUCACGUCUCGUUUGGCAAGGCUUCAGGAUAUUGAUCGCAACAGUAAAGGAAGGCGAACAGGAAUGUCUGUCCAGUUUGAGAGCAUCAAGAUCCUGUGCCCCGACCCUCCUGCAAGUAUGAUCAGAAAUGGAACCACUGCAGAGAAUAAACCUAAGAGUCGAUACGGCAACAGUCUUCCAAGCCGAGUGAAUCGAGUAAUGCUGCGCUCAGUUAACACUCAGUCUUCAGAUUUCAUCAAUGCUAGCUUCGUGAGAGGCAAUCAUGGUCGGUUCAUAACCACUGAGAUGCCUAUGCCUAACACCGUAGCUGAUUUCUGGGUAAUGAUACUUGACUACCAACCAACGGCUAUCAUCAUGCUGAAUGAUGAUAAUCAACGAGACAAGAGCUGUGCACGGUACUGGUUCGACAAUGGGAUGGCGACCUUUGGAUAUCUCUCUGUCUUAACAUUGGCGAUUACCCAAAGGGAAGGCUUCAUCCAAAGGACAUUGGAAGUUUCUAGAGGAGAUAAGGUUCGUCAUGUUGUAGAGCAGUACCAGUUUGUAGAUUGGCCCGUCGAUGUGAUCAAACAGAAGAAGAGCGCACGAUCCAUUCUAAAGCUCAUAGAGGAAAUGAGGGAGGUCUACUCUACUCAAAACGAGUCACCGCUCGUAGUGCAUUGCUUGAAUGGAGUAGGUCGCACCGCAGUCUUCUGUACUGUUCUUGAGUGCAUCUCCCAGAUACUUGACGAGGAUGAUGUCAAUGUCUUCCAAACGGUCAAGAUGAUGCGGAAUGAUAGGAUGCACUUCGUUCAAACCGAGGAGGAGUAUGCAUUAAUCCAUAUGCUGAUCAAUGGGUAUAUACAAACCAACGAUUACGAACAGUUGCCUUGCGCUGACGAGCAUACAUACGGGAACUUGGAUUGCGCUGCACGUCCUGCCGCCGUAGAGAGCGUGUAUGAGUUAACCGAAAUCGAAGCUGGCGCCACAGCGUGUCCAUCGCAAACACAGACAGAGGAAAGAAAUGCGAGUGAAGAUGGGGAAACACAACAUGUACAGGCUAAGACAACAGAUGGGGAAACCCUCUAUGAAAACUUUGCGUAUGAACUUUAGGAAGUGGACUUACUACCAGAAUUAUCUUCUUAUUAUACUUGGUAAAAGUAUAACAUUCAUAGCAGGGUAUGUCCUACUCUCUAAGUGAUAUAAUACAAAUAAUAUACACAUUCAGUUACUAGGAUUUUGUUAUAAUUAUAGGGUACAAGGUUGGAUUCACAAAAACAGGGAGAUUUUUCCAAGUGUAUUUCUUAUUCAUUCACUUAUUCAGAUAUAUUUCAUCAGGAUUACAAGAUUACUGGGAAAUGAAAAUAUUUGUCCUCGCAUUAAAAAUAUGACAAAAUAAACAUGAAAAAGUAUGAAAUCAAAACGAUCGUGAAAAAAGUAAAAAGAGAAAAGAAAAUGAAAUAAUAAAGGUAUAGUUUGAUUAUUUAUGUAUGUUCGGAUGUUCUUUAGUAUAAACGUGUACGGCAAAGACAUACAGUACAUCAUCUACAUCAAUCUGUAGCAAGUUUGAUGAUUUAUGUAUGUUCGGAUGUUCUUUAGUAUUAUCGUGUACGGCAAAGACAUACGGUACAUCAUCUACGUCAAUCUGUAGCAAGUUUGAUGAUUUAUGUAUGUUCGGAUGUUCUUUAGUAUUAACGUGUACGGCAAAGACAUACGGUACAUCAUCUACGUCAAUCUGUAGCAAGUUUGAUGAUUUAUGUAUGUUUGGGUGUUCUUUAGUAUUAACGUGUACGGCAAAGACAUACGGUACAUCAUCUACGUCAAUCUGUAGCAAGUUUGAUGAUUUAUGUAUGUUCGGAUGUUCUUUAGUAUUAACGUGUACCGGCAAAGACAUACAUUAUCUAGCGUCAAUCUGUAGCAAGCUUCAUUUUUUUUCCACUUUCCAAACAGUUUAUAAUAUUCAAGAAUGAAUUAUUGCCGAUUUUUGUCUCAAUCUUUGGUUCUGCAUGUGAAUGGAUCUGAAAUGACAAAACGUGUAGACCAGGUGCAUGUUGGCUUGUAUUGUCUAGGAAUGAAGUAUAGAAUGAUAAUAGUUGUGAGAAAGAAUCGGAGACAAUGAAUAAUUUCAUUUCAAAAUCAAGUGGAUAAUGAUGACUGUUAGUUAUUUGGUAGAUUGUUAAAGUAAUUUGGCGGGUCACAGUUAUUCCAUUUUAAUGGGACAUAAUCUCGACAAACAAAAUUUAGAGUUGUGUGCACAUGAUUGAAAUCAAUUAUUAAACAUAUAGAAAUAAUUACAAGAAUAAAUUUCCAUGUACUUUGAAAAGUGCGUCAUAAACUUCAGACGCCAAACUUUUAGUCCGACGUUUACACGAAGCUUUUUUUCUUCUUCAUCAAAUAUAUAUAAACAUGGUACAGAGUAGGGGUGAUAUCUGACAAUUGUGAACUGAAUUAGUUUAUGAUUAGUGUUAGGUAUAGUACUAGAAGUAGCUGCCUCUAGCAAAUAUUAUUUCAAUACAUUGUUGUACAUUAUAUAACUAACCCAGAAUUCAAUUAAAUGCAAAAUUUGCUCGAUUUUAAUCGACUAUGUUGCUUAUUAUAAACACUCAGUAAAAAUAAAAUCGUUCUCGUAAUGAGUUUACUUGUAUGAUUUUGGUACUACCCAGUAUUUAUAUAAUUAUGUUA